AUGAGUAUUGAGGCUACCCAGAAGCCGAUAUCAAGUGGAAUUGGUGCCUAUAACAAAGAAAGAUAUCCUUCUAAACCCAUUUUGAACAUCAUUCCCAAUCUCCUCAAGUUUGCCCUUGCGACUGCCUUAGUAACUGGCUCUACCGCCGUUGCUGGAAAGGUCGACGUCUAUGACUAUGUGAUCGUGGGUUCUGGCCCUGGGGGUGGCUCGCUUGCUGCAAAUCUUGCAAAGGAAGGACACUCUGUCUUCCUGAUUGAGGCUGGAGGAGACAACCACACCAAUAUUAUUGAACAGGUGCCGCUGCUGGCCAGAACUGCUGCUGAGACACCCGGACAGUCUUGGCAAUUCUUCUUCAAUCAUUACGACGAUUUCGAGGCAGCCCGUCGCGAUCCCAAGUACACUUAUAUCCAGACCAAUGGUUCCUACUAUGUUGGACUUGAUCCACCUGAAGGCGCAAAGCCGUGA